AUGAACAGAUCUCAGGGGCCAGUGUCAUUUGAGGAUGUGACCAUGGGCUUCACUCAGGAGGAGUGGCAGCACCUGGACCCUGCUCAGAGAACCCUGUACAGGGACGUGAUGCUGGAGAACUACAGCCACCUCAUCUCAGUGGGGUACUGUGUUACCAAACCAGAGGUGAUUUUCAAAUUGCAGCAAGGAGAAGAGCCAUGGAUGUGA